AUUCGCUUUUCAAUCUCCCAUCAUCUUCGAUUUUACUGNCAUUCACUUAUUGAAUGCAGUGACAUGUGCAUCAUCUCAGACCGUCAUGAUGGUAUCUUGUUUGCAGUAGAUAAGGUGUUUCCUUCCAUUCCUCAUUGCUAUUGUACUGAACAUAUAUUGCGCAAUCUCAAAGGGAAAUUUAAGGGCAAAUCAGAAUCAAUUGAGUGGAAGUUCAGAGCUGCUUCUCGGGCUGCUACUGUUGAAGAGUGUGAGGAGUAUCUUUCAAUGUUCGAUGAGGAUGAUCCACGUAUACGGGUAUACCUUGAUAAGAUUGGAGUUGCAAAGUGGGCUAUAUCGAUUGGUAAACGCCCUAGGUUAUCCUGCUACGAAUUUAUUUCCACCUUUUACAAAUUGGAAGCAUUGGUGUGCACAUAUGCUGGAAUUGUUCAUCCUAUUGGUGAUGUGUCUAGAUGGGUGAUUCCUCAAGAGAUUCUAUCAAGGAAAUGUGACCCUCCAUCUUGCAACAAGCGCCCUCCUGGAAGACCUAGGAAGAAAAGGUAUCCUUCUGUAGGGGAGUUCCAUUAUGGCAAACGUAGAGUGGAGCAAAGAUGUUCGAGGUGCAAGUCUCAUGGCCACAACAUGAAAUCAUGCACCAAUCCAAUUCCAAUGGCAGAUACAGCUCUUACUUAAGAGUUGUUUAGUAUCAUUUACUUUAUCUCUUUCCGACUAUAUGUAUUUCAAUUUGAGAUGUUCUUAUUACGAAUAUGGAUGAUUUAAUGUUUUAUGUUCUUUUUGUUGAACAAUAUGGUCCUUGAACUCCACGCUUUAUAUUUAAUAGCCAAAUACUUGUUACAUUUUUACACAAUUUCAAGAGUUACACUUUAUACGUCCAUAUAUGACUCCAUAAAAUGGAAUUUAUUUCCCUGUAAUAAAUUUAAACAAUACAU